GAGACAACGGACAAAGAGGAUAGAGGGUAAAAGGGGGAAAACGAAGAAAAUGAAGAAGUAGAGAUGAAAAAAUGGAAGAAGAAGACAAAAGAAAAUAGCAACAAAACUAUGUUACCUUCAAUAGCAACCAGGGGGCAACAUCGACGCUCUUUGCCGCCCUUCUGCCCGUUCACCACCGCGCGCAUCUACCAAAUGGUGUACCAAGACGACGAGUAGUACACAGACACACUAACCAUAACCAAUUCUAUCUACGUCCUGUGCUUUUCGUUUUCAGUUUGGUUCGGAUUUUCUAGCGUUACUGGUCUCUUUCUGUAAUCGGCUCGGCGGUGUUUGGAAACGUGGUGUACAGCGUCUGAUACAGGGUUAUUUUUUUUUCGUUCGUUUGCCUUCUGGUAACUCUUACAAACGUACAUACACACAUAUAAAUAUAUAUUAUAUGCUUGGUCUAUUAAAUUUGUUUAAAUAAUUUUUGCGCUAGCAGAAGCAAAAACAAAAUUGAAGUGUUAUCGCGGAUUGAUGACAUUUUCGAAGUUCGUCGGUACUGGUAAUAUUAAUGCAGUAUCGAAGUAAGAACGGAAAGACUCACAAAAAAAUUCCAAUUAACAAAAUAUAUCUACCCAUAAAACACUGAAAAUGGGUGAAGUAGGCGAAGUGAUUCCUGAAAAGUCAGCAGUUGAACAAUUGCCAGCUACAACUAUUGCUUCAAGUAAUUCCACUAACACAGCAGUAACUUCAGAUGCAUUAGAAAACCAGCCUGCCCAACAAAAUGGCGAUGUUGUCAAAGAGACUGCUAAGUCACCAGUAGAGCCCAUGGCUGUAGACAGCGAUGAGGAUGACUCACAAACAAGCUGCGGUGAUAAUCAAAGUGACACAAAGGCUGGUGGCGAAAGUGCCAAAGCAAAUGGUGAUGUAGAAACCUCACAAGAUGGGAGCGAAAGUAGACGUUUGUCAAAAGAUGAUGUCGAAACUAAAGACUCAGCCCUUGAGAAUGGCAGCGAGGAUGAGGACAACGAGGAUGAAGCAUCGGAAAAGUCUGAGAAAUCCGAGCAGUCACAACAAACUGAGAAAACAGAGAAUACUGAUGCCAAAAAGAAUGGCAACUCAACUGAAAAUGAAGAAGACAGUCAAGACGGUGGUGAAUCAGAAGCGGUAACAAGCCAGGACGAUGGGGAAGAGGGUGAAGAUGGUGAUGAUGGCGAUGAGAGUCAAGAUGAAACAUCACAAUCUGCUACCAACGAUGAUGAGAGUCAACAGUCAAGUCAAGCUGCGAGCAAGGUUGAAGAAGGUAGUAAGACAACUCCAAAAGAAGUUACUCCCGCCGAGACACCGAAUGGAGAAGUUCAAAAGACAGAGCAAGGUGAUGGCGGCAUAGUAGAUUUGGGGGAAUCAGAUGAAGAGCCCAUGCCAGAUGAAGCUCCAAAGCCAGAUAAAGAACAAAGUAAUCCUCUAACGGUGCCCGAUGUCGCAGAAGAACCUGAGUCAACCAAGCCAAAAACCAGUGCAAACGACUCUGAUGCUGCAGUUGUUAUUGGUUCAGAUUCCGAAGCCGAACAAGAAGAAAAACCAACUCCUUCGCAAAAGUCUUCUCCAAAGUCUCAAGCACCAGCACCAGCACCAACACCAGCUGAACCACAAACACAACCGCAACCUACAGAAAAACCGAAACCUCCUCAACCACCAAAGCCUGACGAUGACGAUGAUGAUGAUGAUUGUGUUCUAAUUGAAGAUGAUAGUCCUAGCGAAGCUUCUGAGGCCGGCAGCAGCGUUUCGGGCCGACAACACAAAAAUAUGGUAAAAGUACGUGACUUUGCCUCUUUCGCAGAUGGACAAGGGAACGAUGACACUCAGCCAUCUCCGAAAAGACAAAAGACGUUUCAUUCUGCUUCAACGCCACAAAUGGCCCAAAUCACAAUCAAGGACGCACGUUCCCUUAUGUCAGGAACAUCCAACACAUCUCAGGGCUCCCCUAUGGUCAUCCUGGAUUCAGACUCUAACAAACUCGCACCUCCUCUACCUCCAGGCAACAUUUAUCCGGUGAAUAUAUUACCGGCUGUACCUACAAAUCAAGCGCAGUCGCCUGCGGGACCAAAGGCUGUCCCAACAAUGCCAGUUAGUCCAGCUAUUCCCGCACUACCAACAUUAUCAAACGCCAAUCUUCUGCCUGGUCUAACAGACGACAUGUUUGUCCUUGAAGCGCCAUCAUUUAUUGUCCCUUAUAUUUACGAAAAACCUCCAUCGGACAAUUUGCGUGAAAUUGUCACUCAAAUCGAAACAAAGUUCGAUUUGAAGAAACACCCUAUUCUCCCAGCAGAUGAUCUUGAUUUGGAUCUAGAUGAAGAUGGCAAAGAAAACGAAGAAAGUGCUGCGUCUUCGAGUAAAAAGAAAAAGAGGAAACGCCGCAGUGGUGACGAUUCUUGGUCAGAAUCUGAGGAAUCAGCUGACGACGAUGACGAUGACUCAGAUUCUGAGACUCGUACAAAAGUCCUAAUAAAAGAAGCAAGCGAUGAUCUGAAAACCAUCAAAGCCGUGAUAAAGCCCAUCCAGCCGGAAGCUGUCACCUCUAGCAUGGCGUCACCGGCAGCAGCAAACAAAUCUCAACUUGGAGCUGAUAAUUACUUCGAUAGUCCAUUGGGCAAGUUUUUCAUAGAUAUCGGUGUUGGAAUGGUGCAAGAGUUCGUCCAAGCAGACUUGAUUCGCAUACAAAAACGUAAAAUGCGUCGCUCUUUAGGCAAGAACAUAACCGAGAUUGAAAAGGCAAUAAAUGCAUUGAGUGGAAACUUGGAAGCGAGCAAAAAAAGAAAUGCUCCAUUUAAGUUCAACAUCAAACGUUGCGAGUUUUGUAACUUUAAAUCAGAGUCUGCACUGGCAAUGGCACAUCAUUAUGAGACGCCACAUAUGAAUGGCGCUAUGUACAAGUGCAAUUUCUGUACGUAUGAGGUGAGGAACGCUUCGGAGAUAGUUUAUCAUAUGGAAGCAAUGCAUAAUAUCAAAGCCAGACUAUUUAAGCACCUUCCAUACCAUCAGUGCCCCAACUGUGGAUUCGAGGACAACGGCAAGGCCAAGUUGGCUAGACACGCUCUAGUGUGCCAGAAGAAAUUCCGCCCAGAAACGAAUCUGACACCGCCACACGAUUGGGAGGCGCCCGCCAAAAUACCUCGAAUUAAACCAAGACAUGGGCUGGUAGGAACUGCUACUGCUUAUCAGGCAAUGGCUGCACAAGCCGCAGCACAAAAAGCAGCUUUAGCAACAAUUCAACAACAACAACAACAGGCGCAACAAGCUCGUAACAUCCAAGCCGCAAUGGCCAGUAAUAAUGCCAAUAAAAGUAUAAUGCGAGGCCGACAACAGCCACCACCACCAGCUAAGUCAACUCCUAAUGGUGGUAAUAUGGUGCGAGGAGCUCCCAUUCGGCCGGCAAUGCCAACUGGUAUGGUAUUACCAAAUAACUACCAAAUUGCAGCUGGACAAUUGAUUCAGGUAACGGGUUCGGGUAUAGCCAUCCUGCCAACAACCCAAAAUACCCUAACACUUCAGGCAGCAAAUGUAGGAACAGCUAAGAAGAAUCAAACUGGUCAACCAAGCAUUUCAAUCACACCUCUACCUCGUCAAAGUAGCUCGCAACAGGCUCAAUCACAAGCACAAGCAGCUGCUGCAAAUAAAAUGCCCCCAGCAGGAAUGAAACCUGGACAGAAUUUAAGUGGGAACAAGGCACAGUUUGUUAUAUGUGAAAUAUGUGAUGGUUACAUUAAGGAUCUGGAACAACUACGAAAUCAUAUGCAAUGGAUGCACAAAGUUAAGAUUCACCCGAAGAUGAUCUAUAAUCGACCGCCUUUAAAUUGCCAGAAAUGUCAGUUUAGAUUUUUCACCGACCAAGGACUCGAGAGACAUUUGCUUGGCUCUCAUGGUUUGGUAACAAGCUCAAUGCAGGAAGCCGCCAAUAAAGGCAAAGAUGCUGGUCGAUGUCCUGUUUGUGGAAGGAUGUAUCAAUGGAAACUGCUCAAUCAUGUAUCCCGUGACCAUCAUAUGACUCUUAAACCUGCACAUCUAUCCUACAAAUGUACAGUUUGUACAGCGACCUUUGGCAUGUAUAAACAAUUUGAAACGCAUGUGUAUACCGCCCACAGCACGGUUGCCAAAAAGGCAAUGGACGGCAAAAAGAACAAUAGCGGCAAUACAAGCAUGGCGAAUAAUAGUGGAAGCAGUGGUAGUAGUAGUCGAAGUGGUUUGUCAGCGGCAAACGAUACGUUGCUUAAGCCACUCAAGAUUAACGAUGAAAUAACAAUUAUUCCACAGCCGGCGUCUAAAACUCGAUCAUCAAUGAAUAAUAUCGAAAGUCAUGUUAUUGAUUAAAGAAAACCUCGUUAUUAGAGUGUGUAAAUUCACAAUAAAUAAAUCGGCCAUAUGAGUGCUCUCCAGUCAAAGCGACAGGAAUUCUCAAAGGAGGACUUCAGCAGAGCGUUAACUGGCCGAAAUAUAUUUGCAAACAUUCGUACAUUUAUAUUUUUAAUUAACAAACCUCUGCUCGUUUUUUUUUUUGUAAUUCAUAAAAAAAAACUUUAUAAUAUGUAUGUAGAAUAUAAAAACAAAAAAUAGUAAAUUUUGCAUAUAUACAUAUAAUUUAAAUUAAAAGAUAAAACAAAAAACAAUAAAUAAACUAUCGAUUGGUUUGUCCCUUUUUUUGAAUGA